AGCUCAGUUUCCUUGAGACUUACGCUGUCUGAAAGGAAGAAGGUUGAAAUAAGGAUUGUGAAUUAGGAAGAAUGGCCAACGCUGGCUUAUAGAAAGCUAUUCUCAGGGACAAAAGUCACAAUGGAGAAUUCUUUACUGGUACCUACAAAAGAUCAAGAUGAACCUAAAAUCUCUCCCUGGACAACACAGACUGGGAAAAAUUUACAGAAUAAAAUUCAGUUUAGGACUAUUGCCCCCAAAAUUACACCCAAAGUCCUAACAUCCCCACUGCUGCCCUAUCAGUCACCAUCACUCUCUGAUCAAGUUCAUCCCACAUCCUCAAAUUCUAGACCUCUGCUAAUGCCACCACAAAACUAUGCCCUGAUGCAAGUUGCCGGUCAGGAGGGAACCUUUUCUCUUGUUGCUUUGCCCCAUGUUACCCCAGCAGUGGCGAGCCAACCCAUCCAGAAGCCUAAAAUGUCAUUGCCCAAAAACCUUAAAUUACCUAUUCCUCGGUACCAACCUAUAAGAAAUAAGAAGGUACCAGAAGUGGAAACUGUUCCAAACUCUUCUGUGAGUGUAAUUAGGAAGGUUCCAGGCAAUAUACAAACAUGUGCUCAGCCUUUACCUUCAAUAGCCAACCAUUCUGAACUUCAUACUAACAUUGAUUCUUCUGAGCAUGUGAUAUUAAUAGAUCAGGUACCAGCCGAAAUCACAGUGACUGCUUUGCUUGAUGAAAGCGGCUGUGUAGAAUCUGGACCUCCACUGAUAAAUAAACCUGAGGCAGGUGACACUGUUAUUAUUCCAAAACCAUGGGUACCAGAGGAAACUUCAGCUGAGCCGGGUAAUUCAGUGAAAGCCAAUGUAGACACAAAGACAGUAGCCAGAAAGUCCUCUUCCAUUGGUGGUGAGAAAAUCAAGGAGAGAGUAGCUGAUUCUGCAAAAGCCAUUACUGUGCUGUCCCCGGCGAUUUUUGGCAAUGCAGUUCAGCUGAUUCCUACAGCACCUAAAGGUAAACUUCCCAUCUUACCUUACUCAAGAAUGAAGACAGCAAUGUUUUGUAAAGCUAAGUCAAAUGCCAGCAUUGUAGGGCCUGCUUCUCCUUGGCACAGGUCUGACUGUGACAAAGUUGCCUCAUUUGCCAAAACCUUCAGUGUGUCCACCAAAACAUCUGAUAAGCUCUUUGCUGUUUCACUUACACAAGUGUCCAAGCCAGGGGUCCGUGAAGAUGCCUUUUGCUCCACCACCAAGGUGGAAGUUGACAGCAAAAAGAAAUUGAAUGGUGGAACAGCAAAGAGAAGAGGAAGAAAACGCAAAAUCCCAGAUGAAAUUUUGGCUUUUCAGACCAAGAAGAGGAAGUGUAUUGUUGACACAUGUAGAGAUGGUAAAGAAAGAGUAAAAAUUGACCCCCAGGAACUCAGAGACAGAAAAACUGGGGCUGUGAAAAAGUAUCGGAACAUUAUGCCCAAGCCUGUCAUUGUCAUGCAAGCAGUGGCUCCCCUAGCUUCCCCUGCACCUGUUCUACAGACCAAAUCCCCCGGCUGCUCAGACCGAGACGUUUUGUCAAAUAGUUCACUUUCAAAUAAGUAUCUCGGCUCUAAGCAGAAUGAUAGUGCUUCUACUAAACCAGGUACCGUAUGCAAGAAUGGCUUUUCUGCCAUAAAAAAGCCUUGGCACAGAUGCCACAUCUGCAACCACCACUUUCAGUUUAAACACCAUCUUCAGGAUCAUAUGAACACUCAUACAAACAGACGGCCCUACAGUUGCCGGAUCUGUCGCAAAGCAUAUGUGCAUUCUGGAAGUCUCAGCACCCACAUGAAGCUUCAUCACAGUGAGAGUCGUCUCAAGAAGCUCAUGUGUUGUGAAUUUUGUGCAAAAGUGUUUGGUCACAUUAGGGUCUACUUUGGCCAUUUGAAAGAAGUACAUCGGGUUGUGAUCAACACUGAACCCUCCAUCAAUGAACUGCUGCAGGGCAAAGGGCCAAAGAAUCGAGGAGCAGAAGAAUCAGUGGAAAGAGAAAACAAGUCCAUCCUCGAGGAGACCCUCCUUCCAGGAGCAGCCAGUGAGGUCAAGUUGGACAUCAGGUGUGGCCGCUGUCAGGUCACCGCUCAGUCUUUUUCUGAGAUGAAAUUCCAUUUGUUGUAUGUGCACGGAGAGGACUUCCCAGGGAAAUUGAAGGAAGGGACCUUCCCAGGCAGCAAGGGCGCUCCGGACGAGGUGGUGAAGCGGGCGGCCCACUUCUGGAAGCAGCACAGCGAGAGGAGGGGCCUGGGGAGGAGGGACACCUUGGAGGAGGAGGUGUACGCCUUCCCCAUCCAGCUCAAAAGGGAAAUCUUCCUCCUCCAUCAGAAAAACCUAGACGUAUUAACAAAGAGCGAGGAGGCUGCGCUGGGAACCAGCGAACCAGGGAAGGCUCUGCCAAGCCCGGACGGCGCCACGCCGUACAAGAUUCAGGUCUGGUCUAACUUGGGAUUUAACUGUCUUCUUUGUAAGCAGACGCUGGAACGGAAAGAAGAACUCUUCCUUCAUUGGGAGCAGCAGCACAACUGCGAAGACCCUUCGGUACUUUGGGCUCUUUUAAGUGCAUUAUCUUCACAGGGAGUAAUUGAACUUUCUAAUGAGGCUGAAAAAUGAAAUACCUGGGCGGGGAAACAGGACAGGAAAUUUUGCUCUACCCUUCCCCACAGAGUUUAAUGCUGUACUUGUUUCUCUUAAUUACACAUUUGGGCCAUGCAAAAAAAAAUUUUUUUCAUGAAUAAAGGCAAACUUUAUACAAUUUGUUUUCUUAUGAACUACACAAGAAACUCAGCACAGAAUUUCUGGAUUUGAAUGAGAAUUUGUUGUAAAAUGUCACUAAUUAGCUGAAAAAAACAUUGACUCCUUUUCAAAAUAAAUAGAAAGACUAGAAUGUGGAUACAAAAAUCAAGAUUAUAAGAUCUGCUUAAAAUAUACUGUGCAGGAUGAACAUUAUACAUUAAUACCAUUUUUGUGUACUAGAACACAAAUGCCUUCUAUUGAUACAACAUUGACAAAUCUGAUAACUUCUUAGACUGAAAACUUAAUUUUGGUCUCAAAAGUAGUACCAAGUUUUAUGGUAAUGAAUGUUGAUAUAUAUUAAAUCCUUGGGCUUUAUUUGAA